CUCUACUGCCAAAAAUCGGCACUAGUAUCUGUCACGAACGAACGAAAGGAAAAAUUAAUUAUUGUAGAUCCAGCUGCUGCAAUCUAAUUAAUUUUUGCUUUACAUAAAUUUUAAAGGGAUUAUUGCUGCAUUCAAAAUUCGAAUAAAAAAUGGCUGCUACAGCAAGGACUCUAUUAAAAUUAAAAGACAGUUUGUUUGUCGGUGUCCGUUUUAGCUCGGAAUACGCCAAGACUCGUGCCAAUUUACAAUUAACAGCAGAUUCGCGAGUGAUUUGCCAAGGAUUUACCGGCAAACAAGGUACUUUCCACAGUCAGCAAGCUUUGGAGUAUGGUACGAAGCUGGUUGGUGGAAUCUCUCCAAAAAAAGGUGGCACCACGCAUCUUGGAUUGCCCGUUUUUGCAUCGGUAGCUGAGGCGAAAAAGGCCACUGAUCCGCAUGCAACUGUUAUCUAUGUGCCACCACCGGGUGCUGCUGCAGCUAUUUUGGAAGCGCUGGAGGCGGAAAUUCCAUUGAUUGUAUGCAUCACAGAAGGUGUGCCACAACAUGAUAUGGUGCGUGUAAAACACGCUCUUCUGAGGCAAAACAAGUCUCGUCUUGUGGGACCAAACUGCCCGGGUAUCAUUGCACCUGAGAGAUGCAAGAUUGGCAUUAUGCCUGGUCAUAUUCACAAGCGCGGCAAAAUUGGUGUAGUCUCCCGUUCAGGUACACUCACGUACGAGGCCGUGAAUCAGACCACAGAAGUAGGUCUUGGACAAACCUUAUGCGUUGGAAUUGGUGGUGAUCCUUUCAACGGCACUGACUUCAUCGAUUGUCUUGAAGUCUUCUUGAAGGAUCCUGAUACGAAAGGAAUCAUUUUAAUUGGCGAAAUCGGUGGUGUUGCUGAGGAAAAUGCUGCUGAGUAUUUAACACAAUAUAAUACGGGCAUUAAAGCAAAGCCAGUUGUAUCAUUCAUUGCCGGUUUAUCCGCUCCUCCUGGACGCCGUAUGGGUCACGCUGGUGCCAUUAUCUCAGGUGGCAAGGGUGGCGCUGGUGAUAAAAUUAAAGCGCUCGAAAAGGCUGGAGUUAUUGUGACCAGAAGUCCAGCACAAAUGGGCAAGGAAUUGUACAAAGAGAUGAAACGCCUGGAGUUAGCCUAGAAUUUAGCCAAAAGCUAGGAAUCAAAAGCAGCAGCAUGAAACGAUAGAGUAUCAACCGAAGUAUGCAAGAAGGCAAUUAUUGAAACGGUCAACUACAUAGUAAAAAGUGAAACGUGUAAUGCGACGAUGUGAUGAUGACGGAGGGGCCAUUGGAAAUUUAAUUAGAUAACUAUAACAAAAUGCAUAAAUAAUAAAUCAGUGACAUCGUUAGCACACAUAACUGCCGAUAGCAAAGUGCUAAGAUAUUCAAAAAAAUUUCUCCUAAACACAGUUGCCACAAAAGUACCAAUCGAAACCAAAUUGAUAACAUAGUGAAUAUUACCACCAAGCUAAUAUACUCAGUUAUGGGCCUUUAGGUUUAUAAUGUAAAAUAUAAGCAUUGAUUCUUAUUAUUCUGCGCACUCCUGAUGUCUUGCAUGUCAUUGUAAAUGCACUGAAAUUGCACUGAAAUUAAGAUUUACACAGCACUUUACACGUACAUACAUAAAUUAAGCGAUCGUGCAAAAUAUUUUUGCCUAAUGCAAUGUUUUUUAUUUAGUAAUUAUUACAUUCAAUUUGUGAGCUGCAUGCAUUAAUAUUUUAUAUGUAUAAAAUAACAAAACAGAAUCCUAUUUUUCAGCAAUAAUAAAACAUAGUUUUGUUUAAGCUGAAAGUGUUGAAUUGAAAACUCAAGAAAA